AUGGCUGACACUCCGCAGCCUGCGGGGCCUGGCGGCUUCCUCCCGUCUCAAUCUCUCCCUUCACCUGCGCCUAGCAGCGCCUCAGCGCGCUCAAGUGCUGCUCUCCCGCACCCGCGCGCCAGAUCACUUCGACCCGGAUCUAACAAGGAAGAGACAGUGCGUAGAUAUGUUGAGGAACGGCUCGCCAUCGUCAAUCGCCGUUACGUCAAGAAGCAUGGCAAUCCCGAGCCCGGCGACCAAGUCAUAGGCUAUAAGACCUUUACCGAGCUUUGCAAGGACCUCCAUAACGUCAUUGACGUUCUAUGGUUGUCCGGAACACCGGGCAUUCAGAUUCCCUUCCUCUUAAACAUUGCCAGCGACUUCACGCAGUGGAUUGACGCCUUCCCUCCCGCUCCGAAAGCUAGCUUCUCCGUCUUGAAUAAGCUAGACCACUGCUUCGCAAGCCUACUGACCGGACGUGAUAUUGAGACGAACGACACUUUGCCCGGCUUUGAGAACGGUAUGAGAGCCGGCAUGUCUACGACGGACAUGGUGCGAUGCCGCAGCUCGGUGGAACAGACACGACUGGUCAUUGUGGAGGUCCUCAGCAAGAAGCCUGACGGGGACAACGAUACGGAAGACGAUGAGACAGAUGCAAAUUCUAUGAAUAGCGACACUGAAUUUGAGGACGCAAUGGGCGCGACGUGGGACAGAGACGAGGGACGUCUCUACAUGGACGCAGCGCGAGUCUAUGAGCACACUAUUGUGCGGCUGUGUGAGAAGCUGGGAGAUAUAUUUGGACCCGCGGUCCCGGGCGCAAGCUAUGACACCAUUUGCUCUGCUGGCUAA